CCGAUCGCUUGUUUCACUUGAUUAGCAAAUCACAACCUACAAACCUCAAACCUCAAACUACACAACCCACAAUGUCUAACAACCAGAACGGUGGACUCCUCGGUGGUCUAGUCGGUGGAGUCGACAAUGUCCUUACAGGGGGUGAGAAGGCUAACGGACAAGGCGGUCUACUCGGAGGCCUCGGCGGCGCCGUCGGCAACACGACGGAAGGACUCGGCAAGGGCCUGAACUCGACCACUAGGGGAGUUGGAAGCGCCGUGGGUCAGACCACCGAAGGCGUUGGCAAUACUGUAGGCGGCGUGACAAACUCUGUCGGGAACACCGUUGGCGGUGCCACCGGCGCGGGCGGAGCCGCUAAGAAGAACGACAACAGUGCAUUUAAGAGUUACGGCAUCUAGAAAGGCGAGAGAGUUGGCGCAUAAUGGGAUAUGAUGAACGAGUAUUUGAUGAACCUAAGACCUGGAAAUCGGAUUUUGGCUUGAGAGAAAUAUCGGACGUUUAAUAAAACGACAUUUUAAAUCUCAAAUUUAACUUAAAGAUAUAACUAGGUACUAGUUAUCUUGAAUAGCGAAGAUGCUUAUAAUACUGGAUUGGCGUUUUAAAUAUUUUCUUGGUUAGAAACUUGACUGCGUUGUGCCAUUUGGUGAUAGGUAAAAGGGGUGAUAGUUGUGGCUCCCGUGGCUGUAUUGUGUUGUACGUGGAGCUUUUCCGUGGCUUGACUGUCCUGUGUGAAGUCCCCCAAAACUUACCUUAGGUAACCUGCCUAGUGUACCUAAACUUAACA